AUGGCGCGCCCAUCCGUAGAGAUCCCAGAGCAGCUCGCGAGCCAGCUCAGCGAGCGACCCACGUUUGAACGUUCCGCCACAGACGCCAAAGACGUCAAGAAUGUCGAGACCGACCCGGAGGUCAACCACCUUACCCAGCAUGAGGAUGAGGAGGACGACAGGGCGAGUAUUGAAGUCGAGCAGAGUAUCGGUGUGACCAAGAUUGAGGCGCUGUACCUCGUCUUUGGCAAGGGAUGGAAGUUGUGGUUGCUUUGGGGUUCCAUCGCCUUGAUCGCCAAUGUCUAUUCUCUCUCCUCCAAUACCACUUACAACUACACUGCCUUUGCCACCUCUUCCUUCGGUGAACACACUGUCCUCGGUACGAUCACUGUCAUCACCGGUAUCAUGGCCGGUGUCGCCAAACCCUUCCUUGCCAAGAUGGCCGACUUGUGGUCCCGACCUCUCGCCAUCGCUGUCUCCGUCUUCUUCUACACUGUCGGCUACAUUGCCAUCGCGGCUUCCAAGACCGUCUCUGACGUUGCUGGUGGAGAAGUCCUCUACACUCUGGGUAACACCGGUAUCGACUUCCUCGUCACCAUCCUCCUCGGCGACAUCACAUCCCUUCAAUGGCGAGGUGCCAUCGUCGGUCUCUACUCUAUCCCCUACGUCAUCUGGGCUUUCGUCGCCGGUGACAUCUCGGACGGUAUCAGCGCCUACACGAGCGACGGCUGGCGAUGGGGUUACGGCAUGUUCACCAUCAUGGUGCCCAUCUGCAUUGCCCCCGCCCUCAUCAUCCUCUUCUGGGCCGACAAGAAGGCCAAGAAGGUCGGUGCUUUGUCGCUCGCUUCGUCCACCUACACCCGAGACAUGAUCCUCCGAAAGCAGCAAGCCGCUCAGCGGACAUGGUACCAGACCUGCAUCUACUAUGCUCGACAGAUCGAUGCCGUCGGUCUCUUGCUCCUCGGUUUCGCUUUCGGCUGUAUCCUUUCUCCCUUCACCCUCUCCUCGACCGCGUCCAACGGCUACAAAAACCCCUCUUUGAUCGCUUUGCUUGCUGUCGGUGGCGUCUUGUUCAUCUCGUUCUGUCUUUGGGAGUGGAAGGUCGCUUCUCACCCGAUCAUGCCUCGACGAGUGUUCAACAGGACCUUUAUCUGCUGCAUCUUGAUCGACUGGAACUACUAUUUCUCCGGAUACCUUUCCGACGCUUACUGGUCUUCCUGGCUCUGGGUCGCUAUGGACUACGACUCCAAGGGCUACACCUACAUGCAGAACAUCCUUACUGUCGGUCUUUGUUUUUUCGGUGCCCUUGCCGGUCUUGUCCAGCGAUACACCCACAGGUUCAAGUACCUCCAGCUUACCGGUCUUGCCAUCCGUGUCAUCGGUAUGGGUCUCGGUUUCAUGGCCGUUAACGGACACAUGACCAACGCCGUCGUCGUCUCUUCCCGAGUCCUCAUCUCCCUCGGUGGUGGUAUCUCUGUCGUCUCCUCCCAAGUAGCCGUCCAAGGUUCCGUCCCCCACGCCGACAUGGCCCUCGCCAUGGCCAUUCUCUCCCUCUGGACAUCUAUCGGUGGUGCUAUCGGUUCCGCCAUCGCUGCUGCUGUUUGGAACCAGCGUGUGCCCCACUUCUUGAGCGAGUACGUUGGUGAUGUCUACAAUGCGACCGAGUUGGCCGAGAUCUUUGGGUCUAUUACGGUCGCUAGGGCUGCUGAGCCCAGGGCUUUGAUCAUCGAGGCCUACAACGACGCGAUCCACCCCCUCAUGCUCGCCGCUCUCCUCACAUCCAUGCUUUCCCUCAUCUUUGGUGCCUUCACCAGCAACUUUUACCUCGGCGAGCAUCAGAACGCUGUCGAGAAGAAGAUCAUUGCCAUGCGCCCUGCCGAGGAGACGGAUGAGCAGAUAGUAGCGAGAAAGGCGGCGGAGAAGGAGGCGGAAAUUGCUGCGAGGUUGGGUGUCGAGCAUGAGAAGACUCAUACUUUGGAGCAGUAG